AUGACUGAUUGUAAGCCAAUGAGCACACCACUCGAAGCCAAGACCAAGAUUGAGUCAAAUGACACUCCCCUUGAUGAUCCAAGUUACUAUCGUGGAAUUGUUGGAGCCUUACAAUACCUUACUCUUACUCGUCCCGAUCUUUCUUAUAGUGUUAACUAUGUCUCCCAAUUCAUGCAUUCUCCCACAAUUAUCCAUUUAAAAAUGGUUCGACGUAUCUUACGAUAUGUUAAAGGAACUAUUGAUGUAGGCCUCCAUUUUACUUCCAACACUACCCUUGAUCUUUUUGCCUUUUCUGAUGCAGAUUGGGCAGGUUGUCCUACCACUCGACGCUCUACCACUGGCUAUUGUACCUUCCUUGGAGGAAAUCUCAUCUCAUGGUGCGCAAAGAAACAACACACAGUCUCCCGCUCUAGCACUGAAGCGGAAUAUAGGGCCAUGGCAAACACUACAGCUGAACUCACAUGGUUGACAUUCAUCUUAAAAGACCUUCGCAUUUCCCUUCCAUCCCCUCCAAUACUCUAUUGUGACAACAUUAGUGCUCUUCACAUGACCAUCAAUCCAGUGUUUCAUGCUCGCAGCAAACACAUUGAAUUGGAUUAUCAUUUUGUUCGCGAACGAGUUUCACUUGGGCUUCUGAUUACUCACUACAUCCCCACUAAUGAUCAAGUUGCCGACCUCUUCACUAAACCAGUGUCAAAGUCUAUUCUCAUGCACUUCCAGGACAAACUCUGCCUUCAACCUCGGCCUCGUUUGAGGGAGGGUAUUAAACGUACCCAGCUGUCCUUUGACAGCAAUUGCAUUAAUUAUGGGACACAAACAAUAGUCAAAGAGAAUCCCUAUAAUUAUGGCACAACAAAUGGAGAGACGUUGGAGGAUUAA